CAAAUGCCGAGGUCGACGCAAUCGAAUCCGGAUCGCCUCAAACGGCUUGCCUACGAUGAAGCGCAAAGGAAUCAGAAACCGGGGCACUGCAACAAAUUCCUUCACGCCGUGAUCGAUCCUGACUUUCUCGGCGAACCGCACGGUUCCCAGGUACUACCUAAGCUGGCCGAUCUGGGCUGCAAGUACGAGCUGGAGUCGCAGCCGACUCCGUCGACCGUUACUUUUUACCGCACCGUUCCACCGACAGUGUCUACCACCGGUGCUGUAUCGGAAACACGUAUCGACGAACCUUUUGCCGUCCUUUUGCUCGAUGGGGCAAGUUUUGUUUCGCACGUGCGCAACCAUCAGCUGCUGACCGUCGUCCGUUCCGUAAAGGAACAAUUACAGCCGGCCACUGUGGACAGACGACUCAGUUUGCUCGUUUUCGGCCUGGUCAGCUACUGUCGAGCGAACCGAGGUAGCGUGGGCCGCCGACAAACAGAAUAUGCACUUACGGAAGUGCAACUCUUCGAGGAUGUUUCGCACCAGCUGUUAGAAACGGCGGAACAGGUGGCCACGUUUAUAUCGCAGCUUGCCCGUAGCAUCGCGGAACGUCCGUACAAACAGCAGCAAACGGAACGGUAUGCUAGUGAGCAGGGCGACCAGUACUUUGGCAACGAAAAGAAAGGUUGUGUCCGGGUGGAAGGAACUGCCGGUUUGCAACAGCUCUUCCAGGCCCAACUCAUUAAAGUGCCGUCAGUGACUCUCGAGAUUGCCGAAGCCAUUCUAGGUGCGUAUCCCACCCUGAACGCUCUGCUGCAAGCGUUUCGUGACGCUGGCGAUGAAGCAGCCCCGCACCUUCUCGCACCGAUUGCGAUCCGCCGAGCGGGUGGGCCGAUUGCAGCGAGUGCCCGUCGGAUAGGCCCCGAAUUGAGCCGUAAAAUAUAUUUAUUGUACACAGCCACAAACCCAGCGCAGGAGCUUUGAAUACAAAAGUGU